AAGUAUACUUAGAAACCUGUGUACUGUGCUGCCAUCUUUAAAAACCUGGACUACACGUGUUCUAUAAAGAAAUAACUAUUUCUACCAGUUUUCCGAGAAAUUGUAGCUAACUGUCAUAGUGAAACUCGUUUCGUUUUUCCUAAUAUUCAUAGUUAAUUUUAGAAUUUUCAAAACGGGGAACCAAUCAACCAAUAUGGCAGGUGCCCAGGAGUUCGUAGAGCAGAAAAUUAAAGAAAAGAAAGUAACGAUAUUCGUCAAGACAUGGUGUCCCUAUUGCGUGAAGGCAAUGAAGGUUUUCAAGGAAUUAAUCAAUAAUGGUGACCUGGACAAAUCUGACUACGAAGAGGUGGACAUCGAAAACUUAAAAGAUGUUAAAUGCGGUGAUAUACAAGACUACAUGGCCCAAAAAACUGGGGCAAGAUCGGUACCAAGAUGCUUCAUCAAUGCAAACUUCAUUGGCGGAGGAGAUGACGUUGUUAGACUAAACUCACAAAAGAAGCUUGCCACAAUGCUAAAAUCAUAAUUAUCAGAAUGUUAUCUUAUUAUUGCGCAACAAUAUAUGUAUAAGAGAUUAUAUGAGAUGUACUAUUUUUAACGAGAAACAGUAAAAGUUACAAUAGAAUCAGAAUAAAGAAAAAAAUAGAUAAAAAAGAUGAAAACUGCUAAUCACCAUGUCUUUUCACUUCAUUAUUAUUGGAUUGUUCAUAUACAUUUGUUCAUGUUAGGCCAACAGUGUGCAUUUAUGUAUUUACAGUCAGUUUAUCUGACAAGGAUUGUUUGAACAACCUUGACGUAUUUAAGAUAAUAAACUUACGAUAAAAAAAAUUCAAUCAGUAGAAAAUGGUUAGAGGACUAGGUCGUUUACUAUUCCAAUUUCCUUGUUAAAUUAACAACAAAUUACCGAGAAAAUAACAUUGACUUUUCUAUUGUUCUAAAUCAGUUUUUCUCCUCUCUUGCCUUUCUUUUUAACGAUAGUUAAAUAAAUAUUCCCCCGCGCCUCCUGCAUAUAUGUAAAUGCUGUUAGUGUUACGGUCUUUGAUCAAUUACCGAUAUCGAAAUUUAAUAGUUCAUAUUCACGUUGAGCUAGAGCAAGGUUUCUUUUGUAUUAGCUCAAGGUUAAAUUAUUGGAACGUUGGAUUAAUUCAGCCUACGUAGGAUCUAAAUGCGUAAUCUAGAUGUUCUAAUUUAUCUUUCGAUUUAUGAAAAAUAUUGGAAAAGGAAUAAUGCAAGAGUUUAGAUCAGCAAAAUAGAAUAUCUCGUCCGAUAUCAGAAAAUUAUUCAUUCAUUAUUAAAUAGAGAAUAAAUGAAAUCGAUAAUAGAGAUAAUACUACUUAACUAAUACAAUAUUAAUAUAUUUAUCAAAUCUAUUAAGAAAGUUUCUUUUAAAAGUUAGGCCAAAGUGAAGCUAAACUGGUAAAUUUCAUAGUAAUAACAAGCUUUUACCUCCAUAAAUUUAUAUUUUUAGAAUACUAUAUUAUCGCUCAGUAAAUUAUUAAAUAU